UCUGAUUGGUUAAAAGCAGAUGCCAUCACUGGAAGUUGGCUUAUAUAAUGCAAAGGCAUCAGAGGUUGAUUCAUGUAGAGACAGCAAUUUACAUUUUGGAGGACAAAGCAUUUUCAGAGAUUAAAUGGGCCUUUUCUACUUGAGACAAUUCGGAUGUCUGCUGUUCUUGGGUGUGCACGUUCAGUGGGUUUCAUCAGAGGUUUUCCCCACAGAAAACCCUCUAGGUUAUGACUGUUCGCAUAUCUGGGAAAGAAACAAUGAAUCUGUCAGUGGGAUUUACACAAUAAAACCUCUAGGUGCCAGCACAUCUUUUCAGGUUUUCUGUGAAAUGAAAGCUGAUGGGGGCUGGACACUCAUACAGAGACAUGACGGACAAGAUGGCCUUCUCUUCACUAGAACCUGGGCUGAAUACAAACUAGGAUUUGGAAACAUCUCUGGAGAACACUGGCUGGGACUGGAAAACAUGCAUAUACUGACUAACCAGGAUAGCAGAGCCUCAGAACUGUUCAUCAGCCUUGAGGCCUUUGAUGAUAGUGAUGGAGCCUUCGCCUUGUACAGCUCAUUCAUAGUUGCUCCUGAAAGCAAAUUAUACCAGCUCUCUGUGGGAAAUUAUUCUGGAAACGCAGGAGAUGCUUUUAGAACUGGAAACAACAAUCAAGAUGGCAACUUUUUUACCACCAAAGAUAAGGACAAUGACAAGUGCAAUCCAUGUAAGAUUGGUGACACCAGGUUUUCAAGUUGCAGCCGUUAUCAGUCUAGUUCUGGAUGGUGGUUUAGCAGCUGCGGCAAUGCGAAUCUGAAUGGUCAGUGGCGCCCUGAAGAAAAUAACGUGGGCUGGGCCUCUUCAGUGCACUGGGGGUCAUACAGAGCCACGGAAUCACUGAAAUACAGCAAGAUGUUUGUUAGGAAUUAUUGAUCCAUUUUCUGGCUGUAUCUUUGUAAAUAGUUCUAAACAUGCACAACAGGGAUACCUCCUGCAACUCUAAAUAUUUGAUAUUUUGAAAGGAUUAUUGCAGUAUUUUGAUUACCUCAGAUAUCUUUUGUGGGUUUUUUUUUUAAUUUAGUCACUUAAAUGAAAACUAUACCUUCAGAAUAAAUAAUGAACCAACAUAUAAUCAAUAUCAUAACAAGGGACAUCUUAAAUAUUUAUCAAGUUGGCAGUCAAAUUUGGCCUUGUAUAACUUGAGCCAACAUUCUGUAAUGUUCUUAGUGUCACUCAUUGAAAUAUGUAGGUUCUAACUGGAACAGGAAUGAGCCCAAGUGGAAAAGACACAGCUCUGUCCAUUCAUUGGCUGACAUCCUAGCAUGUAUAAGUGCCUUUGGUUGUGUGCCCACAGGGUAGUAGUUACAAUUGCAUUUUCUAUAUGGGAUUAUCUAGUGGUACACACUACUAGAAAAAUAUAUUUUCCAUGAAAAGGCUUUAUUUAUAUAAAACAAUGUUUUACAUAUGGAUUGUUUUAUGUGAUAUAUUUGUAAAGAGACCUAUAGUGUUCAAGGGCAUAGGUGCCCAUUAAAUAUAUCCGUGCUAAUAAGGAAACAUUCUCUCACACAAGACAGAGAAUGCAGCAAACAUCUGAUAGAAUAUGCCGUACUGCUGUAAAUAGUUUAUUAGAUGCUUGUUGUAUCUGUUUUCUUUUUUAUUUCUAUUAAUGUGUUUUUUUCAUUCUAUUGUGUUUUUUUAAUUAACUUUUUAUACGUUAUUGUAUUCACUGAACACUUGAAUAAAUGAACAAAAGAAAACA